UCUGGGAGCGCCAACCAUUGAUAGCAAGUCUCGGUCAUCUUUCCUGAUGGUGCAUCUCAAGGGCACUUCACUUCAGCAAUGAGAUUCUUUUGCAGAUAUACAAUCCUGCUCGCUGUCUUGAUCAUAUUUUGCUGCUCCUGUUUUGACUUUUGCAGUGCCAAAGACACCAUCAAAUCAUCACAACACAUUAAGGAUCCUGAAACUGUUAGUUCCAAUGGAAGUUUUUUCAUGUUGGGAUUUUUCAGUCCAGAAAAUACCACAAAUCGCUACGUGGGAAUUUGGUACAAGUCCCAGUCCAAUAUCAUAUGGGUAGCUAACAGAAACCAACCAUUGACGGAUUCUUCUGGGACUGGGACUAUUGCAAUAUCUGAGGAUGGCAAUCUUGUGGUAAUAAAUGGGGAAAACCACAUCAUUUGGUCAUCAAAUGUGUCAAAUAUUGCCCUCAAUACAACUUGUCAGCUUCUAGAUUCUGGAAAUCUUGUCCUCAAAGAUUCCGCAGAAAACAUCUUAUGGGAAAGUUUUGCACAUCCUUCUGACUCAUUCCUCCCCCAAAUGAAACUUACAAGGAACAAAAGAACAGGUGAGAAACUAAGACUAACAUCGUGGAAAAGUUUGUCAGAUCCAUCCAUGGGCAACUUCUUUAUCACACUUGAACGUCCAGAUAUUCCUGAAAUAUUCAUUUGGAAUGGAGAUCACCCGUAUUGGCGAAGUGGUCCAUGGAAUGGUAGGAUCUUUACUGGCAUAUACUAUAUGAAUGCCCUUUAUCUUAAAGGAUUUCGUAUCAUAGAGGAUGGAGAAGGAACUAUUUAUGUGUCUUUUAGUUUUUCUGAUGUGACAGAAUUCACGUUGUUUGUCUUAGACUUUCAGGGCGUAAUAUACGAAAAAGAUUGGUUUAAUGACACAAUAGAACCACAAAAAAAUCAUAGUAUUCAAACUUCAGAAUGUGAUAUUUAUGGCUUAUGUGGAUCAUUUGGAAGCUGCAAUGCAAAUAGUUCGCCUAUAUGCAACUGUUUGAGAGGUUUUGAGCCAAGCAAGAGAAAGGAAUGGGAUAUGCAAAACUGGACUAAUGGUUGUGAGAGGAAGACAACUUUGCAGUGUGAGAUGUUGAAAAAUCGAAGUGCACAAGGCAAACAAGAUGGAUUUUAUAAGUUGCAGAUGGUUAAAGUGCCAGAUUUUGCAGAACUGUCCUCUGCUUCAGAGGAGACCUGCAGAAGCCAAUGCUUGGAGAACUGUACUUGUAUAGCAUAUUCAUAUAGUCCUGAAAUAGGUUGCAUGUCUUGGAAGGGAAAUCUAAUUGAUAUACAGCAGUUCUCAACAGGUGGACUUGAUCUAUAUGUACGUCUAGCCCAUUCAGAUCUUGAAAAGGAGACGCAUGCCAGAAAAAUCAUCAUCAUUACAGUAAUAAUAGGAACACUUAUAAUUGCUUUUGGUACAUAUGUUUUAUGGAAAAGGAUAGUGAAGCACUCAGAGACAAAAUCAAAGAACAAGUGGUUCUUACGAUUAAAGAAAGAUGAAGAAUAUUUAGAGAAAACAGAAGACACCAUCAUCGGACAAUUGUCCCGUGUCAAACUACCAGAGGUAUUGGCAUAUGAUUUUGAAAAGGUUGCAACUGCUACAAACAACUUUGACCUCUCUAAUAAGCUUGGGCAGGGUGGCUUUGGUCCAGUGUACAAGGGGAUAUUGCAAGACAGUCAGAAUAUUGCAGUUAAAAGACUUUCUAGAGCAUCUGGACAAGGACUAGAGGAAUUCAUGAAUGAGGUCAUUGUCAUUUCCAAGCUUCAACACCGUAAUCUUGUCAAACUUAUUGGCUGCUGCAUUGAAGGAGGAGAGAAGAUGUUAAUCUACGAGUACAUGCCAAAUAAAAGUUUAGAUGCAUUUAUUUUUGAUCCACUAAACAAGAAAGUCCUAGAUUGGGGAAAGCGUUUUGACAUAAUUGGAGGGAUAGCUAGAGGAAUGCUUUAUCUUCAUCGAGAUUCUAGACUAAAAAUUAUACAUAGAGACCUAAAGGCAAGCAACAUACUAUUAGAUGAGAACUUGAAUCCAAAAAUAUCAGAUUUUGGCAUGGCAAGAAUUUUUCAAGGGAGUGAAGAUCAAGCAAACACGAGAAGAGUUGUUGGAACCUAUGGUUAUAUGUCACCGGAGUAUGCAAUAGAAGGAUUAUUUUCAGAGAAAUCCGAUGUGUUUAGUUUUGGAGUUUUACUAUUAGAGAUUGCAACUGGAAGAAGAAACUCAAGCCUUUCUAUCAAUGAGGAUUCUCUCAGCCUUUUAGGAUUGACAUGGAAAUUAUGGAAUGAGGAGAAUGCUUCAACGCUAAUAGAUCCUAGAAUAUAUGAUAACAACCUGGAGAAAGACAUAUUAAGAUGCAUACACAUAGGGCUUUUAUGCGUGCAAGAGCUUGCAAGAGAGAGGCCAAGUAUGAGCACUGUGGUUUCAAUGCUUAGCAGUGAGAUUGUAAACCUUCCUUCUCCAAAACAACCCGCAUUCAUCGAAUGGCAGAGUUUGCUAUGUUCAUCAUCUAAUGAAGAAAGUCAGAGAUUGUUUACAAAUAACAGUGUUAGCGUUACAGAGAUACAUGGCAGAUAACUACAAUAUCAUACUUCCAAUCAUAUGAUUGAGAAAUAUUUGCAUUCUUGCUUAUAUGUACAUAGAAAUAAUAUUCCAGAAAAAGAAGUUUCUCUUACCCACGAGUUGUAAUGUUUUUUGGCUAUGUCAAAACAUGCAAGUUAUUCUUU